GCAGAAGUCGGGGAACCAUUAGCUGACAACACAAGACCCAACUGUGCUUACGAUGAUCAAUCCACCUCGAGGCAAUGGCGAUGGCAACUCUUCACUCAACCAGCUGAUCCCUGCACCAUCCCACAUGGUCUCGGGAGUAGUUGAGCCUGGAUCUGAUGAUAGUUCUGAUAACUGCGCUAUAUGCCUGUGUCCUAUUCCGGUAGCCAAGCUGGCGCGGACGCUGCCUUGUCGGCAUAUCUGGGACUUGCCAUGCAUUCUGCAAUGGCUUGAGAUUUCACCAGAGAACGCGUGCCCGCUUUGCAAAACCGAGGUGACUGAGAUCAGUUUUGAAUAUGAGGGAUCUGGACAGCAGUAUAUUACCAUUCCGGCGUCGGUAUUGCGAGAGGACUCGCAGAGCUCACAUGAAGAGUCGAUACGAACGCGCCGACGACCGCGAAAUCGACGCGACUCGAGCCGGAGGAGGACCUCAGAGGAGCCUGCUUAUGAUCCUGAUCUUCGUCUUGAGGUUAUGCGUCGUCAGUUUGUUUACCGCAACUCAUUAAGAGCAUGCCAUAUCGGUACAAACAGCUACACGGGCUUCACGACUCUGUCGCCAGGUUUAGUCGGUAGAUCUCUGGAACUGCAAAGUCGCGCCCGCGCAUUUAUCCGGCGCGAACUGUUGGCCUUCCCGUUUUUGCUAUCGAGUGGCUCUUGCGAAGCCGCGCCGUCGCUCAAGCCUUCGGUAGAGAUCGACGCAUGCAGGCGGAUAUGCUACAUGCUACAGGUAAUUGAUAUUCAGUGCGUGCGAGGGUUCAAGCUGGCAGUUGGGGUUCUGUCGGAUUACUUGGGACCGAUCAACUCGUCUAUACUCAUACAUGAGCUUUGCUCGUUUUUACGGAGUCCGUGUCGGACCUUGGCGGAGUACGAUGAUAUUGUGCAGUAUAAAAUCGUGGAUGGCGUGAAGGAUGCGGCGUCGCGGCGGCAGCGAGGCGAAUUCGGGAUUCCGCUCUGUCAGAUCUCUAGAGAAGACAUCGAGCGGAACCUGCGCAGUCUACGGCUGGACGUGCUGGCCGAUGUUCCCGAUGCGUUCAGUGCGCUACAGAUGCAGCGGAAACAGAAGCGAGAACUGUUCAGGCGGCGGUAGAGAGGCGGCGUGUGUUUUGUGGGGUUACCGGCGUAUUUCUGGUAGUUCUUGAAUUCGCACAGUGAUUUGUUGUGAGUCGCUGGAUGUACGAUAUUGUCGCAAUAGUAAUGGUAGAUGUAAUUGACUGUACGGAUGUGUAUAUAUGAAUAUAAUACGAUAAUAAAACAUUUGUAGCAGCGGUUUCAAAUAUGCUGUGUGAUCAGCCGAGG